AUGUCUUAUGAAGCUAUUAAAAUAGCAACACGUAAUUUGUGUAUAUCUUAUGAUAAAGAAAAAAAUACUUUAAAUAGUAAAUAUUUAACUAACUUAGAAAUUCUUAUUAUGAAUAAUGAUAUUGGAAUAGCUAAAUUUGUUGGAUAUUUAAUAAGAAUAUGUAAUAAAAAAAAUUAUUUAUUCAGAUUAGGAAGUAUAGUUGUGGCUGAUUAUUUUAUAAGAAAAUUUGAUAUUUUUGCUUUACAUUACCUUUCUUGGUCAUAUUGUUUUUUAGAAAAUAUUGUUUUUUUUAAUUUGCCAUAUGAUGAUGAGGAACAAAAAGAAGAUUUUAAUUUAAUGAAAAAACGAAGUAGAGAAAUAAUUAAUAAUUGGAUAAAAGAUUUAGGAAAUAAAUAUAUUAAAUUACAAACAAUAGAAGAACUUAUUAAAAUAGAAGAUGAAAAACAAAAAAUUAUUGAAAUAGAGAAAGAUAAAAAAUUAAUGGAAGUUUUUUUAAAACGUUGUAGUCUUGCUCAAAAACAUUAUGAAGAACUUUUAUCUGAAAUUAAUGUUAUUUUUAAAAAAAUGGAUGAAUUAAUGGAAGAAUUAAUUCCUAAUGAACUAAAAAAUAUUGUUAAAGAUUCGUUAAACGAAAAAGUUCCAUCAACCAGUAAUGUAAAUUUUUAUAAAUCUCAUGGAUAUGAUGUUAAUACAGAAAUACAAAUAUUUCUUCAAAAAGAUUGUUUUAAAAUUAUUCCUACAGAUGAAAAUAAAAGCAUUUUAGAUAAUUUAAGUAAAUUACAUGAAAGAUCUUCUAAAAUAGCAAAAAGUUUAACAAGAAAAAUUGAUAAAUUAUGUAAAUCAAAAAAUAAAUAUGAAAAAUUAUUUCAUGAUAAAUGUUUUAAUUUAAGAGAAAAAAUACGUCGUUACACUCAAAAAUGUAAUGAUUUGGGGAUUGAUAAAUUUUAUAAAGAAAGUAAUGAUAAUAAUAGUAUAAAAACAGAUGAUGAUUCAGAUUUUGAAGAUGUUGAUAUGAAUGAUAUUGAUUAUUUAAUUCCAACUAAAAUAGUAAAAAAUUCUAAAGAAGAUACUAUUCAUGAAAAUAUUAAAAUUGACAAUCUUAAUAAACUUAAAUUUAAUCCUAAUAUUAAAUUUGAUAAUGAUUUUACAGGUACAAGACAGGAAAAGUUGAAAUCACAUAAAAAUGUUGAAAAAAAUAUAAUUUCUAAACUUUCUGCAUUGAAAAAGCGUAAAUGUUAA